UUAUCCGUUCAAUGUGUCUAUCUCUCUAUCCUUCUCUCUCUCUCUCUCUCUUUCUCCGCCCUUCAAAGCAGCAUCUCCGUGCGAGCCGCGGGUAUUAUUAGAGAGAAGGGGGGGCUGGAGAGGAGAACAGCGUUGUUAUCAUCGUCAGACACGGGGGCGAGCGAGCGAGGGGCCGUAUAGGAGAGAGAUUCUGUUAUAUCGUGCUAUUCCACUACAACCAUAAACACCGUCACGUCGUUAAUUAAGCAUUGAUUAUUAAUUCGUUUUUAAGAAUGGAAGGCAUGGCGUAUGGAGCCGGUAAAGCGGGAGGCGCGUUUGACCCCCAGAUGUUCGUCCGACAGCCUCAUUCGGUCUUGAGGAUGGUGUCUUGGGUUUUCUCCAUCGUGAUCUUCGGCUCGAUUGCGAACGAAGGCUACGUGAAUCGCCCGGAUGAGGUGGAGGAGUAUUGCAUCUUCAACCGGAACCACAACGCCUGUAACUAUGGCGUUACCAUGGGGACGCUGGCCUUCCUGUGCUGCCUGGCCUUCCUCGCCCUCGACGUCUACUUCCCUCAGAUCAGCAGCGUCAAGGAUCGCAAGAAAGCUGUGCUGGCGGACGUGGGUGUGUCCGCGUUCUGGUCCUUCAUGUGGUUCGUGGGCUUCUGUCUCCUGACCAAUCAAUGGCAGGUGUCCAAGCCAGAGGACAACCCCCUGAAGGAGGGUGCAGACGCAGCGAGAGCCUCCAUCACCUUCUCCUUCUUCUCCAUCUUCACCUGGGGAGCCCAAGCUCUGUUGUCUCUCGAGAAGCUUAAGAGCAUCUCCUUUGAAGAAGAGUACAAUCGACUCUUUAUACCUCAACCCACUCUCCCUCAGGCCUAACCACCCCUCCUUCCAGAGAUUCUCACACCUUGGUACAGUCCAAGUCUUAGGAACUCAACCUGAGCUGGACCAACCCAAAUUCUGUUGUUGUUGUGUGCGGGGGGGUGUCAGGAAGUCUUGGGACACCAGCAAUAGUUCAGUCAAUUCUAGCCCAUUCUAGUAUUUGUUACAUCCAUCAUCAUUAUUAUUAUUAUUAUUAUUAUUAUUAUUAUUAUUAUUAUUAUUAUUAUUUAUUUCUUAACAGACGCUUUUAUCCAGGGCGACUUCCAAUUGUUACAAGAUAUCACAUUAUUUUUACAUACAAUUCCCCAUUUAUACAGUUGGGU